AAUCCAUUUAUCGUGUCAUUUUACCGUCAGUUCUCACGUUACACAAGUGAAUGCAUGUUAUAAUUUAAAUAUUUUAGUGAUAAGGCACUCACUUUCGAAGUCCUAUUAAUUCAGACCUCCGUUUAAAAAAAUUAACAUAUACCCAUUUAAUGUUUGGUACUUGAAAAGACAUUCAAACAGGCCCAGAAAAAAUAAGAAUUCGAAAAUGUUGGACCGAGUGAAUAAAGAUUUGCUUCCUAUGAAAGCGCAUUAUUUUCUUUUUAAUGCAGGGACCGGCCCGGUCCAACCGUUCCUCUCCACAUACGCACGACAGCUCGGUUUUUCCGCAACAAUCGUAGGACUAAUUUACACAAUUUUGCCAAUAAGUGGCAUGCUUGCAAAACCGAUUGUGGGUGCGAUAGCUGACCGGUUCCGUUGCCAAAAACUGAUGUUUCUGGCCGCUCAGCUACUAACAGCUGCCGCUUUUCUAGCCAUCAAUUUUUCACCUGAAAUCCCCAAAGACCAAAAAGUCCAUUUUGCGUGCGACGGUGACGCAGUUUUUGAUACUUCACCGCUCACUAAAGUCGAAAUUGACGACUGUCUCGUGGACCAGUUCCAGAAAACACCCGGAAACGUUACGUGUCGAAUGAACUGUCCAAUGGAGGAGCAGUUUUGGAAAGUGGUUGUCCAGUACUGGAACGCGACGGAAUACCAGAACUACCAUCCUGAUAAUUUCGAAUUCACUGCGUUCGUAAUUCGGGAAAAAACAAUCAGGAUCAACAAUGCCACUUAUUUCGGUUUUAAAUAUGUGGAACUGGACAGUGGUAAAACCACCAAAGCUUUAUGUCCCUGUGGGAAAGAGUGCCACAUUUCGACGGUUUGUGACAUCACUUGUGAUGACUACACUCUGAACAGUAUGGUCACUCAAACUGCAGUGAGUGAUGAAGAUGUUUACAGUAAAUCACAAUUUUGGAUUUUUCUCAUACUCAUGAUUUUUGGUUGGGUGGGGCAAGCUGUAGUUGUUAGUGUUGGAGAUGCCAUCUGUUUCCAACUGCUGGGCGAUAAACCCAAUCGGUACGGCUACCAACGCCUGUUUGGGGCCCUAGGUUGGGGAAUAUUCAGCGUUAUAGCGGGCCUUAUGGUGGACUCUCUGAGUGAAGGUUCCUCAAAGAAGAAUUUUGAGUCUGCCUUUUAUCUCUCUUUUGCCUUUUUACUACUAGAUUUCGCUGUUUCUAGUAACCUGAAAAAUGCUCAAACGAAGCAGUCCACCAGUAUUCUCAAAGAUGUGGGCCGUUUGUUGGUCGAAUUCCGCAUUGUAGUUUUCCUAGUUUGGUGCAUAGCUGUAGGGAUGUGCACAGCCCUCAUGUGGCAGUUCCUCUUCUUCCUGAUCGAAGAUCUUGCCAAAAAUCAAGGUUGCGAUUCGCAAGAGUGGAUCAAGACUCUUGAAGGGAUCGUUCAGGCUAUUCAGACACUGGCUGGAGAAAUGCCGUUUUUCUUCUGGUCGGGGAAGAUUUUGAAACGUAUUGGACACAUAAAUGCAAUGUCGUUGGUUCUUCUGGUCAUUGGGAUCAGAUUUAUUCUCUAUUCGGUUAUAACUAAUCCGUGGUGGUUUUUACCGAUUGAGUUUCUCAACGGGUUGACUUUUGGGCUGUUUUAUGCCUGCAUGACGAGUUAUGCCAGUGUUGCAGCGCCACCAGGGACUGAAGCGACAAUGCAGGGCCUGGUGGGCGCCAUCUUCGAGGGCGUGGGCGUCUCGUUGGGAAGUUUCGUGGGUGGCCUCAUUUACGACGCCUACAGCGGCCCUUGGACCUUCAGACUGUUCGGCAUCGGAGCCCUUAUAACAUGUUUGUUGCAUGCUGGUGUUCAAUUUUUGAUCAAACGAUCAGAUUAUGAGGCUCGUUACACGUCGCCUUCCGAGGCCUUUAGUGCUCUCUAUGACGAUCAGCAAGAAAUGACCUUAGUCGAAUAACAGCAUGGACGAAGCGACCAAUUCAGCCUUAAGCAACGAAAAAUACGCAUUUACGCGUUACUUAACGUUGGAUUGUGCAAACAUUUUGUGAUAGCUACUUAAAUCCCUGCCCUAAUCGGACACAUCAGUGGUAAAUUCCACCAAAUUAUCGUCUUCCUUGACCCACAUUUGGACAAACAUUGAUGUUUCCGAUAAGUCUUGAAUAUUAAGAUACGAUUUUAGUAAAAGAAUGACGAAAUUUAAAAAACCAGGCUCAGGGAUCAUAACUUAAGCCGGCUUAAGUUACAGACGAAUUUAUUUAAUCCUUUUAUUACUUAAGUAUUAUUGUUUCCCGACUGUCCUCGAGUUAACCUUCACCAAUCACGAAAGGUUAUUCUGCGUUUACUUGUGGUUCUUGUCGUUAACUUGGGAAUUCUUUUAGAGAAUCGAACAGGGCAUUAAAAAAUUUAGAUUUUUUACAAAAAAAUUAAAUUAUUGUGAUAUCUUGUAAAGUUAUUUAUUAGCGCAAUUUACUAACAAGUUAUCAGUAUUUUGGUUCCUCGAAUUAAUUUACUUACCAAUUGUAUGUAUUAUGGUCUCUUUUGUACACUUUUUAAUUUAUUGUUUGUUACUUACCUUUGUUACGUAUCUUAUAUUACUUACCUGUUGUAACAAUUAUGUUUUUAUAAUUUGUAUAUUUUGUUCCGUGGUUUUGUGCGUAGCAAGUCAAUAAAUUUGUUUUUAUUAAA